AUGGCGUCCCACCAACAACACCCUGCGGCCGUCGACGGCGCUGACCACCACGAACAACAACAACAACAUGAACAAGAAGAACAAGACGCGGAGCGAAACCCGUAUGCCUCCUCCAGCCGCUGGCGCCACGGCGAAUCAGCCGCCUACGCCCGCUACGAGAGGGACAAGGGCCUUCCACCCCAUUAUCAGCAGCACCAUCAUCGUCACGGCGGCCCCGUCGCCCGCGAGGCCGACUCCCGCGGCGGCGUAAGCGAUCUCGCCGACUUCCUCAACAAGUCGCGCCUCGACCCCAACGAGAUGCGCAGCAGCGAUAACGGCGCCGCCGAGAAUCGUCCGCGCACCCCGCGCUUCAAGCCCGUCGUGGCCGGCGCGUCCGAGGCGAGGGCCGCCACUGCGCAUGCACAUGAUGCGCCGAGAGGCCAUGGUGGUGCCGAGAUGCCGGUUGCUGCUGCUGCUCCUGCGGACGGGAAGGAGAUUGUCUGCGGUCCGCUGCUGAAUUACCGUCGCCAAGAGGGAGCAACAUGGAUUGGGAGCGUCCUGGUGGUUACGGCGGGCGGCGGCAGGACGCAGCCGAUCGUGCCGACCCUGGAAUUGCGCAAGGUUGGUGGGGGAGGUAAAGAAGGGCGGGGAGUGACCGGCGUCGAGGGGACCUGCCUCUACUCGGACCCCAGAAAUACAUUUUGGCGCUUCGACCUGGCUGUCGAGAUGGAAGAGGCCGAGAGCAGCUGGGAAUAUGAGCUGCGGGGCAUGCGGUUCGCCAGUAGAACCAAGCCGCGCGUCAACAGGUUCUUUGUGCCCGCCGUCGACGAGUCGAUGAGGAUCAUGUUCCACUCGUGCAACGGCUUCAGCGUCGGGACGGACGAGGCCGCGUGGAGCGGGCCGGCUCUGUGGAACGAUGUCAUGCGGAAACACCAGGAGAGGCCGUUCCAUGUCAUGAUUGGCGGCGGUGAUCAGAUCUAUAACGACGGCAUCCGGAUCGGCGGACCCCUUAAGAACUGGUCCAACACUAAGAACCCCAAGAAGCGGAGGGACCACCCGUUUCCGGAGAGCUUGCGGCUGGAGUGCGACGACUAUUACUUGAAAAACUACAUCCGCUGGUACUCGACUGAACCCUUUGCGAGCGCCAAUGGCCAGAUUCCCCAGUUGAACAUCUGGGAUGACCACGAUAUCAUCGACGGAUUCGGGUCAUAUGUGAACGACUUCAUGAAGUGCGAUGUCUUCAGGGGCCUCGGAGGCACCGCUCACAAGUACUACAUGCUCUUCCAACACCAUCUCCCGCCGCCUGCAUCCACCUACACCUCUGAUGCUGUUCCGGCCGCUUCGGUCGAAGAAGGCCAGGGCAUCGACCCAAACCAGUCCAUGAACACUUACAUCCAUCCUAGAUGGCAGGAGCCCAACUACAUCUAUGGCCCGAAACCCGGGCUUACCAAGGCACAGCCGUACGUUGCCGAGCAUUCCCACAACAUGUUUGCCCAGCUAGGUGCCAGGAUCGCCUUUUUGGGUAUUGAUGCCCGGACUGAGCGUACGAGACAUCAAGUCAACCAUCCCGAGACCUACUAUGCCAUCUUCACCCGCUUGAAGCAGGAGUUUUUGGCCGCUGCAAGCUCCGGGCGGCCGUUCAAGCACCUGAUUCUUCUGUUGGGUAUUCCCAUUGCGUACCCGCGCCUGACGUGGCUUGAAAACAUAUUCGCGAGUCCGGUCAUGGGCCCCAUCAAAUUUCUGAACCGCCGCAUGGGCCUCGGCGGCACUUUCUUCAACACGUUCGACGGCAGCGUCGAUCUCCUGGACGAUCUUGACGACCACUAUACGGCGCGGACCCACAAGAAAGAGCGCAACUGGCUAGUCGAGAAGUUGCAGGGCGUCUGUGCCGAGUUCUCGAUCCGCAUCACCAUCUUGAGCGGCGACGUACAUCUGGCGGCGCUGGGCCGCUUCUACUCGAAUCCGCGGCUCAAAAUCCCCGUCGAGCAAGACUACCGCUACAUUGUCAACGUCGUGUCGUCAGCAAUCGUCAACAAGCCGCCGCCCGCCGCGGUCGCCAAUCUGCUCUCGCGGCGCAACAGGAUCCAUCACCUCAACCACGACACGUCCGAGACGCUCCUCAAGCUCUUCGACAAGGACCCGGGCAAGAGCCCAAAGACGGCGUCGCACAACAACGUCACCAUGCCGAGCCGCAACUUCGCCAUAAUAACCGAAAACUCGCCCAACAACGAGCCCUCUGCGGCUGCCGUAAACGGAGGGGUCCCCAACGGGACUGCCACCACCCAAACCGAGUCCCACCACCAUCACAACCACCACCAUCAACCCCCAGGUACCUCCUCGUCGUCCCAUUUUGCGUCGUCGUCAUCAUCAUCAUCAGGCCCCACCUCAUCCGCCACCACCCCAACCAACAACCCCAUCGCGCAUAAAAAAGAAAAACACAAGGACGGCCGCUUCCCGCUGAACUGGGGGGAAGAAAACUGCGGCACACGACACAAGGCCGCCGCCUGGCCGGCGCAGCACGGGAGGGGGUCUGACGGCUCCCUGGACGUGUGCAUCUGGGUCGAGAUGGACCAGCACGACCCGGAGGGUAGGACCCAGGGGUACGGUCUCACGGUGCCGGUGCUGAGUUAUAGCGGGCCCAGACCGGCUAGUCUUGAGUUGCUUUCGCUGCCGCCGCGGAGUGCGGGGAGGUGGAGGAGGGGGGAUGUGAUAUGA